GUGUUAUCGCGAGAAAACCCUCCACUGGCUUCCGGUUAGCUGUUCGUUUACGCGAAGAAGAAGAAGAGCUCUGUUGUUCUUUCUUUUAAGCCGUCAUUUUGGAAAAUUAUCUGGUUGAGAUUUGAAUGCGUACUUGAUUUGGCGACAAAGAGCACACACACCGAGAUGUCAGAGGAAUUGAUGAAACAGUUGAGCAGCUACAAAGCCCAGCUGCAGCAAGUAGAAGUUGCCUUAUCUACCGACCAGGAUAAUGAAGACCUUCUUAAACUCCAGAAGGACUUGCAGGAAGUCAUCGAUUUGACAAAAGACCUUCUGACCUCACAGCCUGCUGAUGCUACCUCUGAUACCAGUGGAACAAGUUCAGUUCCCCAGAAGCAUGGUUGGAAAGUGGGAGACAAGUGUAUGGCUGUGUGGAGUCAGGAUGGACAGGUGUAUGAGGCCGAGAUUGAGGAGAUAGACUGGGACAACAGCACUGCCGCUGUCACCUUCGCUGGAUACGGCAAUGCCGAAGUGAUUCCACUACAGAACCUCAAAUUAGUAGAGGAGGGGAAACGUUUCGAUGAAGAUGGGAGCAUAAAGCCAAAAUCAAAGAAAGAGCAGAUAGCAGAGCAGAGAGAGUAUAAGAAAAAGAAAGCCCAGAAGAAAGUACAACGAAUGAAGGAGCUGGAGCAAGAGAGGGAAGAACAAAAGUCAAAGUGGCAACAGUUCAACAACAAAGCCUACUCAAAGAACAAGAAAGGGCAGGUAAAGAGGAGUAUAUUUGCUUCUCCAGAAAGCGUAAAUGGAAAGGUGGGAGUGGGAACGUGUGGCAUUGCAGACAAACCUAUGACCCAGUACAAUGACACAUCCAAAUACAACGUCAGGCAUCUAAUGCCGCAGUGACUGAAUAUAUUCUGUAUAUAAUACUCCACCGUAUACUAGUUGUAUCGGGGAGUUUCAUUGUGUUUAUACAUGAUUUAUGUUUCCCAAGUAUAGGAAGCAUUGAAAGUAAUUGCUUGCACACCAGUGUUUGAAAUAUUGUUGUAGUUUUCUUAUAUAUUAUCUAGGUACAACAAAGAAUCCACAUCGAAGGGAUUUUCCCGAUACUGGAACAAAGUCACCUGCAAUGUAAAAACAGGGUGUGUGGUUUUUAGGAACAUUCUGUGCCCAGUUUUGACUGAGGCGGAGCUGGAGAGAAGCCUGUAGAUUUGGUGUGUGCAUCUGUGGCUGGAUUUUAAAUUCUGGCCCAUUGUAAGGAAGUCUGGACAUUAAUAAUGAUGUUAAUUUGAAAUGGCAUAAUUUCUAAUUUUAAUUUCUGUAUGUAUAACAGCAAGAUAAAGUUUAUUAUUUUUUUUUUAAAGAUUCACUUCCACCUCAUUCACAGUUUUUACAAUAUAUUUUCAUUGUCGUCCUGUAGGUGGCAGUAAAGAAUUGUACCUUUAUAAAUAAACUCAUGUUAUGAGCAGCCCACUGCAGCUGUUAAUACAA